AUGUUACCUGCUAUCUUGUUCUAUCUUCAACUUGGUCCCUGCUGUCAAGAUGGCCGCCGGCAACCUGGCACGUCAACAGCAAUUCUGUCACUUGGUAAGCCGACCCACGGCGGCAUGGGCAUGGAUCAACACUCUUUUGUCAAGGUCUCCAAGGCCCCGCUGCCGACCACAAACGUCCCCGCUCUGUUGCAGAAAGCACUGUAA